GGUUUCUACUAUGCUUUCGAUAUAUAAGUGUUUAGUCCAGAUGUUGAGUCUUGUCUAUAUGAGCGUGGAUAAGACUGUGGUAUUUGGGUUAGAUAUUUCUCGUAAUUUAUUUAUUUGCAGUUAAUAUCUCGAAUAUUUAUAUUUAUCGUUUAUGAUUAAAAACUAGUGUGGGAUGUAGUCAUAUAAAAUGUGUACUAAUUAAAAGAGUAAUAUUUAAUCAUUAAUAAGAGUCCUGAAGAAUUGAAAUUUCAAGUCUGAUUCAAAAUGGUCUGUGAAAAAUGUGAAAAAAAAUUAGGAAAAGUCAUAACUCCAGAUCCUUGGAAAAGUGGUGCACGGAAUACAGUAGAAAGUGGGGGACGUAAAGUUGGAGAAAAUAAAGCUCUUUCAGCAGGGAAGGCAAGAUUUAAUCCCUAUACUGUUACCUUUGAAACUUGCAGAAUAUGUAGACAGAAAGUACAUCAAGUUGGAUCACAUUAUUGUCAAUCAUGUGCAUAUAAAAAGGCUAUAUGUGCAAUGUGUGGUAAAAAGCUAAUGAGUACAAAGAACUAUAAACAGUCUGCUACUUAAAUAUUAAACUUAGUGGAUUCAUUUGUAAAUUUACAUUAUGAUAGAUGUAGAUUGGUAUAAAGAAAUUAAUUUGACUUGGACAGAUAUUUUGUCUUGAUAUAAAUAAUAAUUAAAUAUAUAUAUAUAAUAGUAUUCUUUAUACUAUUUUAAUAAAAUACGGUAGAAUGUACAAAAUAUGUUAGUUAAAUGUAUAAUAUAGCAUUAUAUCUAAUUUUGCUUACCUAUUCAUAAACAUGAAUAACCUUGGUGACUAUUUUUAAAACAUCUGAUAAUAUGAAAACAAAAGUUGAAAGAAUGGAAACUAUUAAUGUUUAUACCUGGAAUAUACCUAUUUUGAAAUGCAAUUUACUAAAAUAUAAAAACAUUUAUAAUUUAAAAUAAGGUUAAAAUAGAUAUACAUACAUAUA